CAGAUAGGGUAAUCUCUGCUUUUGAGUACGUAUGUCAUUCACGUGGUUAUAAUUUGUCGUAUGAGCACAUUAUAAAUUUAUAAUAGAUGUAAUUUAAUAGAUGACGUAAGCAGAUAUAGGUAAAGAGAAAAAUCCGGUUCAUUUGUUUAUGGUAGGUAGGAUGAAAUAGUCAUUAUUAUGUGUAAAACUGCAGCGUUUAUCUGCAUGAAGGUGGUUUAGCAACAUUUGGACACCUGUUAGGCUGGUUGCCAGCCGCCGUUAAAAACCAAGAAGAAGAAAUAACCUUUAGCCGUGAUGCCAUAUGUGUAAUAUUUAGAGGACGUUGAUAUUAUUGGCUGCACCCCGGAUGACAUUAACGGUGUUGUAUGAAGCUGCAGCUGGCAACUGAUAUCUGAAUAAAUCUUGUUGUCAUGAGAAGUCCAGACAGAUGACUAUGAUCUUUCUUUGGAUCACACAGUGGAGAAUCUAAUGUCACCUUUAUGCCAGAAGCGUCAGUAUGGAUCCCACAGAUCACAAGUACUUUGGCAUUAUCGAUUAUGUGAUAUUUGCUCUGCUGUUGGUUGCCUCCAUGUCCAUCGGGUUGUACUACGCCUUCACCGGAGGGCGUCAGAGAACCACGCAGGAGUUUUUAAUGGCUGAUCGGAACAUGAAGUGCCUGCCUCUCUCUCUGUCUCUCAUGGCCACCUUCCAGUCGGCCGUGGCCAUCAUUGGCACACCGGCCGAGAUCUACGCCAAUGGCACGCAGUACUGGUUUAUUGGCUGCUCUUAUAUUCUGGGUCUCCUGAUACCAGCACACAUUUUCAUUCCUUUGUUGUACAGGCUUCAUCUCAACAGUGCCUACCAGUAUUUGGAGCUACGAUUUAGCAAAGCCGUUCGUGUGUGUGGCACAGUUACGUUUAUUUUUCAGAUGGUCAUUUAUAUGGGUAUCGGCAUCUACACACCUGCUCUUGCACUGAAUGCAGUCACAGGUUUUCAUUUAUGGGGAACAGUUCUGGCCACUGGAUUAGUGUGCACUCUUUAUACAGCACUGGGUGGGCUGAAGGCAGUGGUCUGGACUGAUGUGUUUCAGACGGUGGUGAUGUUCAUCGGUCAGCUGGCCGUCAUCAUUGUGGGCGUACAGCAGGCCGGCGGUGUGUCUGAUGUCUGGGUUAAAGUCAGAGAUGGCGGUCGUAUCUCAGGGAUUGAUUUUAAUCCAGACCCAACAGUGAGACACACGUUUUGGACGUUAGGGGUUGGAGGAGUGUUCCUGAUGCUUUCUCUGUAUGGAGUGAACCAGGCGCAGGUUCAACGCUACCUCAGUUCUCGCACAGAAAAAGAAGCUGUGAUGUCGUGCUAUAUGGUGUUUCCUUGUCUUCAGGUGGCUUUAACGCUCAGUUGUUUAAUGGGACUGGUCAUGUAUGCUUGUUACGUUGAUGAAUCAAAGCCUCACGUCAAGUCUAAAGAUCAGAUGGUCCUUUACUUUGUUAUGGACAUGUUGCAAAAGUUCCCUGGACUGCCUGGAUUGUUUGUGGCAUGUUUGUUUAGUGCAUCUCUAAGUACAAUAUCCUCAGCGUUUAAUUCGUUGGCCACCGUGACAAUGGUGGAUCUCAUUAAACCCCAUUACUCUAUGACCGAAGCCAAAGCUACUCUGGUAUCCAAGAUUCUGGCUUUAUCAUAUGGGAUCAUAUGUCUUGCUAUGGCCUAUGCGGUCCAUAUGAUGAACAGUUCUGUUUUACAGGCAGCUCUCAGUAUUUUUGGGAUGGUUGGGGGGCCUCUGCUCGGACUCUUCUGUCUUGGAAUCUUCUUCCCGUGUGCUAAUAGCAUUGGAGCUAUAACAGGACUCGCCGCAGGUCUGGUCAUGGCUUUUUGGAUUGGCAUUGGUGGAUUUUUGACUCGGAUGUCCAUCCCUGUUGAAGGUCAUCUACUAAACUCUACUAAUACAGGACUGGGUGUUUAUGAGAACAUCACCAUCACACCUGCGACUGCCACCAUAGAUUCUGCUCAGGAUCAAAGUAGUGGACCUUUAGGGCUGCAUGGGCUCUACUCUCUCUCAUACAUGUGGUACAGUGCGCUCAACUCCUCCGUCGUGAUACUCAUUGGACUCAUUUUUAGCUUCAUGACAGGCCCGACUAAAGUAGAUGAUGUCACCGCCGGCACAGUUUAUCCCGUGGUGGCCAACACAAAAUUAUUUCUGCUGAAGCUUCUGAAGCCGAGCGCUUGCUGUAGAUCGACUCCUGAACGCAAGCAGGUCGAUGGACUUGAAGAAGUUAACGGCAAUGUAAAGGAGGAAUCAGGUACAACAGAAGUGAGACAAACAUUUUUGCCGUCUCACCCGACAUCAUACGUGGAGCACGAGACAUCGGUGUAGAACAAAGCAACAAGAAUCUCACAGCGGUGUUCGGAUUCACCUGCAAACUUGCACUAGAUGUUGUAAAUAUUUUGUUUGUAAAUUUUUCACAAUAUACUGUGUAUGUAUUAUGCAUUCAUAUCAUUUUGUAUUUGCAGCUGCUGUAUAUAAAACCAAUGAACAAUAUUUCUACAACAUACACAAGAUGCCUGUUACAGUUAAAAACAAGAAUGUUUUAUUUGUCACUUUUUCAAUAAAGGGGUCAAGGACA